CUGCAAAUUAUGAAACAUUGAUUUGACAAAAACAGAUAACAUCGAUUUUGGUCAUCCUGUGCUGCUUAGUAGUGCAGUCUUUUUACGGAUUCCGAAGUUUAAUUAACUGAAAAUCUGUUACAAAAUGCUCGCUUCACGUCCCAUUAUUUCCCGUUUAAUGCAACAAACUGUUCGCCGCUACAAUGCCGGACUUCAAAACUUCAAGCCUCCCAGUAUGGAUGAGCUACCUGUACCCCAAGGAUCAUGGCAAGCACAAUAUGAUGCUAACCAGCGUCGCUACAACUCCAUCCUCUUCUUCGGCAUUGCUUUCGCUGUGGGUUCUGUGGCUCUUGCAAAAGCAUCAGGACUUCUAUACCUUAACUACGCUCCACCAAAAUCUUUGGAUUAAACAUUCUAUUAACUUGUUCAAUAUGUGAUUUAAUGGCUAGUUAAUUUAAAUAUAGUGUCUAAAAUGAA